AUGGAUGGCUACCACCCAGAUUGUAGUUGGGUAUAUGAUAGACUUUAUGUUCAACGAGGGGGGUUCAAAUCAGCAUUUGCAAAAGGUGUUGAAGAGUUUAUAACAAAGGCAAUAAGUCGUAAUCAGUUUGUAGAAGAUGGUGGCAUCAGAUGUCCUUGUCACAAUUGUAUGUGUAGCGGUGUAUUGUCUGCAAGUGAAGUCAAAAUUCACUUGUAUAGGUUUGGGUUCCAACCAAAUUAUUGGUAUCGAACUCAGCAUGGUGAAGAAGCCCCACAUAUUGACCCAGAAAAUGUUCCAAGUAGUAGUGGAUAUAUUGAUAACGAUGAUCCAUUUACGUUAAUGCAACAUAUGGUCGAUGAUGCAUUUGGUCCAACUUAUGACUUCCAAAAUAUGGGUGAUGAGGGCAACGAGGAAGAGAUUAAUGAAGAGCCUCCAAAUGAGGAUGCUCAAGACUUUUAUGAUUUGUUAACUGCUGCAAACAAACCCUUAUAUGAGGGGGCUUCUGAUUCAAAACUUUCAAUAUGCGUGAAACUUUUAGCUUGCAAAUCAAAUUGGAAUGUUCCGCAGAAAUGUCUUGAUUUCUUUGCAACCAUGCUUGUAGAUGUGUGUCCUUUUAAGGAUUCACUUCCAAAAAAUUUUUACCAAGCGAAAAAACUGGUGACAAUGCUAGGAUUGAAGUCUGAGAAAAUUGAUUGUUGUGUUAAAGGGUGCAUGUUGUACUACAAAGAGAAUAGUGCAGAUAUAGAGUGUAGGUUUUGUCAUGAACCCCGAUAUGUUCCUCGUAAGCCUGGGAUAGGUAACCACAAAGACAUUCCAGUUAAGAGGAUGUUCUAUAUGCCAAUCACUCCUAGGUUAAAAAGAUUGUAUGCAUCAACGGAAACUGCUGCCCAAAUGAGAUGGCAUCAACAUAAUAGAUCAAGUUCAGGCAUUUUACGUCAUCCAUCUGAUGGGGAAGCUUGGAAUCAUUUUGAUGCAAGGUAUCCAGACUUCGCAAAUGAACCAAGAAAUGUAAGGCUUGGGUUAUGUUCUGAUGGCUUCACGCCAUACAUUCAGGCAUCUUCAUCCCCAUAUUCUUGUUGGCCUGUUGUUGUGACCCCGUAUAAUCUCCCGCCUGAAAUGUGCAUGACUAAACCAUUCAUGUUUUUGACUUGUCUCAUACCUGGACCAUCUAACCCAAAAGCAAACAUUGAUGUGUAUUUACAACCAUUAAUAGACGAGCUUCAACAAUUGUGGAGUGAAGGGGCUUUGACUUAUGAUAUUUCCAUGAAACAAAACUUUGUAAUGAGGGCAACCUUAAUGUGGACAAUUAACGAUUUUCCUGCUUAUGGCAUGUUAUCUGGAUGGAGUACCCAAGGUAAGUUGGCAUGUCCGGUAUGUAUGGAUGGAAAUAAGGCUUUUACUUUAAAAUACGGUGGCAAAAAUUCAUGGUUUGAUUGUCACCGUCGUUUCUUACCUCAUAAUCAUGCAUUUAGAAGAAGUAAAAAAGGGUUCCCUAAAAAUAGGGUUGUGAAGGAUGAACCUCCUCCAAUAUUGAAUGGUGAAGAAGUUUGGGGUUUGGUUCACAAUAUUCCACGAGUGAUAGAUACUGCACAUACUAAAUUGUUUGGAUAUGGAGUUAGCCAUAAUUGGACUAAACGAAGCAUAUUUUGGGAUCUUCCAUACUGGAAAGAUAAUUUAUUAAGGCAUAAUUUAGAUGUCAUGCACAUAGAAAAAAACUUCUUUGAUAAUGUGUUUAACACUGUCAUGAAUAUUAAGAACAAGACUAAGGACAACGAAAAAGCACGAAUGGACUUGGCCAUCAUUUGCCAACCUAGCGACCUGGAGUUGGUUCCACAUAACAAUGGAAAAAUGAAAAAACCUUAG